CCUUUGGAGAACUUGCAUCACUUCCAAAGGAUUUCUCCUCUGGCUGCUUUGUUCUCCCGUCCUUUUUUCUUUUAUUCCCUACUGCUGCAAUGCAAGCCAGGCAUGGUUUCUGCCUCCCUGGUUUGGGCAUCCCCAGCAGCUUGAGGAUCUUAUACUGGUCUGAAACUACCCAGCCUCUGGGCCACCGCAGAGUUCACGCAGCUUCUGGAGAGUUGCACCCCUCUCCUCUACGGGAGAAAGUGGGCAGGCCAUUUGACCAAUUACCUGGCCACUGGAAAAACAACUGGCUCAACCUGUACCACUUCUGGAAGGAAGACGGCAUCCACAAUGUCCACAACAUCAUGGUAAAGAACUUCCAGCAAUUUGGGCCAAUCUACAGGGAGAAGCUGGGCACCUACGAAAGCGUCAACAUCAUUGAUCCUAAGGAUGCGGCUUUGCUCUUUAAAGCGGAAGGCGUGUACCCAGAGAGGUUCAUGGUACCACCUUGGUUGGCCUAUCGCGACUUCCGCAAUAAGGCAUACGGAGUGCUUCUCAAGAGUGGCGAGAGUUGGCGCCAUGACCGCGUGGUCAUCAACAGGGAGGUCCUGUCCCUCAAGAUGACUGAUCACUUUGUGCCUCUCCUGAACGAGGUGGGGGAAGACUUUGUCCGGAGAGUACACACACAGAUUCAAAGAAGUGGGCAGGGGAAAUGGACGGCUGACCUCAGCAACGAGCUGUUCCGGUUUGCUCUGGAGUCGGUGUGCAAUGUCCUGUACGGUACCCGCCUGGGACUCCUGCAGGAUGUCAUUGACCCAGAGAGCCAGCAGUUCAUCGAUGCCGUAACCCUGAUGUUCAACACUACCUCGCCGAUGCUGUAUCUCCCGCCGAGCCUUCUGCGCAGGAUCAACUCCAAGAUCUGGCUGGACCAUGUGAAGGCCUGGGACAUCAUCUUCAAGCAUGCUGACAAGUGUAUCCAGAACAUCUACCGAGACCUCCGCCUGAAACGGAGAAGUGACCAAGAGUACACGGGCAUUUUGUCCAGCCUCUUGCUGCAGAACAAGCUGCCUCUCGAAGAUACGAAAGCCAGCGUCACAGAGAUGAUGGCAGGAGGUGUAGACACGACUUCAAUGACCCUCCAGUGGGCAAUGUAUGAAUUGGCCCGGGCUCCUGGCCUGCAGGAGCAGCUGCGGUCGGAGAUCCUUGCUGCCAGGUCAUCUUCCCAAGGGGAUGUCCUCAAGAUGUUGAAAUCUGUGCCGCUGCUCAAAGCUGCUAUCAAGGAGACACUGAGGCUCCACCCGGUCGCAGUGACGAUACAGAGAUACGUGGCGCAAGACAUCAUUCUUCAGAAUUACUGUAUUCCUGCCAAGACAUUGGUCCAGGUGGGACUUUAUGCGAUGGGCCGGGAUCCCAGGUUUUUCACCAAGCCCGAGCAGUUCAACCCGCACAGGUGGCUGCAGGCGGACUCCACGUACUUCCGGGGGCUGAGCUUUGGCUUUGGUCCACGCCAGUGCCUUGGGCGCCGGCUUGCUGAGCUAGAGAUGCAGCUCUUCUUGAUCCAUAUGUUGGGGAGCUUCAAGAUUGAGACCAGGAGGGGAGUGGACAUCAACACCACUUUCAAACUCAUCUUGGUUCCAGACAAGCCCAUCCACUUGACCCUAGGGCCUCUGGACUCCCAGCUGUGAAAGGAGAAGGAGUUUCCAUUAGCCUCUGGGGCAAGGCAAGACACACGGAGCCUCCUUGAAGGGGAAUGGGGAGCUGCUUGACCGGUCCAUUCAUAUCUGUGCAUAAAGAUCCCUGGGUGUCCAGUGGCCGCUUUUCCUAAAUGCAAAAAAGGGAGACACUAGCAUUGAGAUAAAUAAUUUGGGGUGGGACUCCUUAACUCCCAUGCAGUACAAUUUAGACCAGGGCUGGUGGCUUCACCCACCACUGGAACAUGGCCCCAGAGCUGAGAAAGGUUCUCCACCCCGAUUUAGACGCUGGAGGGAAAAAGCAUGCUUGCUGCACAGGUCUUCCCAUAGUCUUAGGGCCAAGCCAGAUGCAGGUCUAGAAGGCUUAAGAAUGUUAGACCAACUCUGCUAGAUCAGGCAGCUUAGUGGUUCAGCACCCAGCUUCUUGCAGUGCUGUGGGGAGGCUCCACAAACAGGCCUUAAAGGCAUCAGGUCUCCUAAGCUGCUGCCCCCUCGUCCAGCAACAAUGGGGCACGACUGCCUCUGAAGAUGGGUCUUCUACUGAGCCAGCAGCUGUUGAACGACUUCCACUCCAAUAAAUUUAUGAAUUCUCUAAUAAAGGCACUGGUGGCAAAUGUCACAAAUCAA